UGUACAAAUAAUUAAUAAAUAUAAUUAGGAAGAAUAUUUAUUCAUAAAAUGAAGAAAUUGAAUCUGAUUAAGCUUUUUCUAUACCCCAUAUGAUAAAUUCAACUAUUAAUGAGGAAUUUAUGAUGACAAAUAAAAUAAACAAUUUAAUUAUUUUUACCAAUGAUCCGAAGAUAAUGAACGAAUACUAAGCAUUUGUUUUGACAUCUGUUAAACUAUAUGACCUGUGUCAGUAGUAUCGUCACACUAGAACAUUUUGGAGUAAAGUUUGAAGUAUGUAGUGUUUAAUGUAGUUUUUAUUACAAUAAUAAUAGAAUAUUGUUUUAGGCAUUGUUCAGUUCAUUAUUGGUAUCAAAAUUGUUUAAAGGUCAUAUUUAAUGUUAGAGGCUCUUUAGAGUGACUGUAUUGUGUCGUACGUUUAUGUGCUUGUGUCCCCACAUUUAGGGUGAACAGACCCUUCGUUUUAUCAUUACCGUCAAUUUGAUAGUAUUAAACACACCUAUAUGUAGAUAUAUUAUACAUAUAAAGGUAUACAUGUAAUACGUAUUCGUAUCUCAUUAUCGAACAAAACUAUAUUGUAGAGGUUAUGUAGCGACAGAAAAAUGGCUACUAAAAUCAAUAAAUGCUCUAUAGAGGAAAGAAAUUUGUUACGAAAUGCUUUUAAAGACGAGAACAAGUUAGUGCAGUAGGAUGGAGUAGUUUUCAGUUAACGUAGUAAUUUCUAAAAAUAAAAAAAAUUAUAUAAACCGAUUAUGUUUAUGAUAAGUGUAUGUUUCUUACGAUCAAUGAAGUUUACCAAAAACAAUUUUUAGUGAUUAUUAUUUAAAGGGAUAUGUGUAUAUGUAUCUUAGUUGUUUGGUAAAUGUCCUAUUACUAUGGACUUUUUUUUAAUGCUCAUUUUGGCUGUGAUUAUAUUUACAUGUGGAAUAAUAUGUACGUUGGCUGUGGAAUUUUAUAUUUUGAAAAAAUACCUCGAGGGUGCUCCAAAAGCAAAACCUCCUGGGAAAAUUCCAUCUUAUGGGAAAGCAGUAUUACCUGACGAAUUAUUAAAAAGUCUCAAUGACGAGAAAAACAAAUUUACUAGUAAUUUAUCUAGAAGUCAUCAAAACUUUUCACAAGGAAAUGAAAACUUAGCUAUUAAUUUAACGCUGCAGUUUUUAUUUAAUGAGUUAAAGCAUGCUGAACGUGUGAGAUUAUGGCUAUAUAGGAAAUUAAAUAAUGAAUUUAAAGAAUUAUUAACACAAACAACAACUGGUAGAUUGUUUGAUAGCGUACAGUUAAGAGAAUUGAAUCUCGGUACUCAAUUUCCAACAAUCAAAGGACUUGAAGUAGCAGAUUCGGUUAUUGAUCGAGACACUGGAUUACUGGAAACAUUGGAUUUAUCAUUGGAUCUCCAUUACUCAGGAAAUUUUCAACUCUCUAUUGAUGUUAAAAUGUUAUUAGGAAAAACAGCAUAUCUCUCAUUACAAGUAAAACGUAUCACAGGAAAGGCCAGACUGCAAUUCACAAGAAUUCCAUAUACUCAUUGGUCACUUAGCUUUUAUUCUGAACCUAUCUUAGAAUUGGAGGUUCAAUCGCAAUUUCAAGGACGUCAAUUACAACCACAAAUAGUUUCAUUAAUUACUGGACAAAUUAGGCGAGCUAUUAGACGGAAGCAUACAUUGCCACGAUAUAAAAUGCGAUACAAGCCAUUUUUCCGCAGAUUAAAUGAUGAAGAUAUCGAUUUAUCUGAGGUUGUGAGUACUCAGCUAACCCCAGGCUUAUUAGAAGUCGUACUAGUGGAAGUAGAACGUUUAAAUUUAGGUCAAAGCAAUUUGCCAUUAGAGGACUCAUCACUUGUUGAAAUUUAUUGCACAAUCAGUGUAGAUUCAACCCCAUGGGUGUAUUUAACUCAAUAUGGCGGAGUUCCUUACAUGGUUUUGGAUCUGAUCAUCAGUAAGCCCAGCUCUCAUCAACUAGGGGUAGUUUUUAAGCAAGAAGUUGUUCCAGAAAUAGGACAAAAUUGUGUCCUUGUUGAAACUAUUGUUACUGGAAGUCCUGCCGCUAUUGCUGAAAUGAGGAAAGGAGAUAUUUUAGUUUCAGUUGAUGGCAAAAAAAUAUCUAAUAUGAACCAAGUUGGUAAAAUAGUUAAAAAUGCAGCCCAGAGACGUUUUAUUAUCAGGGUUGAGAGAAAAUAUAGUAAUAAAGCUGAUUUCGAUAGAUGCAGUAAUAUUAUUAAAUCCAAUGAAUUUGAUGAUCAUGUAAAAAUAAAACAUGAACCUAUGAUUAAAUUUUCUGAUCUCAAAGAGCAUAGUGAUAGUGAAUUACUGGACAAAGCAGAUUCGGGAAUAAAAUUGUUUAGACGUCGAAAAAGUAGCAUCCAAGUAUCAUAUGAUGAUUUUCAGUCAUCAGAACCACUAUCACGAAGAAUCUCGACUAUAUCUAACGUAUCAACUGCAUCGAGUAGUGGUACUACAGCUUUUAGUGAUGAUUAUUUAUCGCCAAGCUUAACAGAUUUAUAUAUAACAACGAAAGAAAAACCCUUCGCUUCAUCAAUAUCAUUUGAAGAAACAAGAACAUUCCAAAUCGAUUCGGAACUUCAAUAUUUAAAUAUCGGCGUUUGGGCUCGAUAUAGAGGUGGAGAUGUGCCUCCAAAAAUAUUAGGUUACAUUAAUGCACCGAUAAAACUUAUACUAGCGCAAUGUUCCACUUCUACAACCGGUCAUUAUCUGAAAUGCCAUCCACUUUUACCUCCGGAUACAGCUUCUUUCGCAAGUCUUAAUUCUAAAUUACAAGGAUACUCAGGAUUUGAUCCAAGUCUAUGUUAUGGAGAUAUACUGCUGUCUUAUAGAUGGAUUUCCACUAAUAUAAAUCGACGAAUUAUUAGUAGUGAUUUUAGCAAACGAGAAAUAGAGACAGUAAAAAGCAUUCCAGUUGUUAAUAAUGAUGUUGUUGACAAAAAGUCUCAUGAUUUUAUACGAACUCAUUUUCAUCGAGCAACUCAUUGUGAUUUUUGUUCAAAAAAGAUUUGGUUGAAAGAUGCAGUUCAAUGCCGAGACUGCGGUAUGGUAUGUCAUAAAAAAUGUGAAGCUCGUUGCCAAACAUCCGGAGCAUGUGGAGCAGAAAAUCUGACGAAUAUGGCAUUUGAAGUUGAUGAAAUGGAAUCAAAUGUAAUCGUAGGAGAAGUGAAUCCUGAGAUUUCCCUUACAAGUUGUGAAGAACAAGUUCAGGGUAUGAUGGCUGUGAAGGCUAGUAUAGCAAAUACUCUUCUGGGCCUCAAGAAAGCUGGAAGUACGAGUUGUCUGGCUCCCCCAUCGUCUACUGGUGGUUUAACAUCUAGAAGUCUUCCACCAAGUCCAUGUUCUUCGCGCAAGAAUUCACUCGUUGGAGGAUUAGGCAUAAGUCCUGACUUAUUGGAAGGAGCAGAACCAAGUGUUGCUACCCCAUUGAUUGCUGGAGAAUUGAAUGAUGGUCUCAUGUCUCAUGCCAAAGAUACAGGAAGAUUUUUAUUCAAUAAUUUAGAGCCUGAGGAACGAGUCGAUAAGAUAAAUUUAAUGAUGGGAAAACUGAAGGCAGCAUUGGACUUUGAAACUACCUCAAGAUUAGAUCUAUCACAAAGUAAUGAUGAAGAAAGUGCUAAAUUAAUAGCACAAAGUGACCUACGAGUACAAGCACUGAGUGUUUUAUUAUUGCAUUAUUGUGCAGGCCUGCAACAUGCUCAGGAGAUUUUAGACCGGACUAAAAAACAAAAUUCUAAUGUUAAUGAAUAAGAAUUUAAUGCAUUUUAACUGUCGUAAAAUUCUCCAUCAGCUCGCUUUCUUACGAUUAACAAUUAGAAUUCAAGUGUUGUGAAACAGUCAAUAUUACAUACGUAUAAAAAAUAUUACAGUACUAGCGGAAAAAAUGUCGAUGUUAUUUAACAUUUAGCUAUUUUUUAGCUAACAGCACUAUACGUUAUACGUAAUGAUUUCGUAUUUUCAUUUCAUGCACUAAUUAAUGUUUUAAAAGUAAUUGAAUGUAUAAAAUUAACGAAAAAAUAUUGAAACAUCAAAACACCAAUGCAAAAGACUCAUAUCUACAAGUUCAAAUAGAUUCAACAUUUAAUCAAAUAUUUGUCUAUUAUAUUUAUUGGAUUGAUGCAGGAUUUUUGCUGACUGAAUUAUACUAAUGACUGAGUAUAUUUACAAUAUUUUUCUUUAAUAAAUAAUCAAUAAUGCUAACAUUAAAAAUAUUUUGCUCAUAAAAUUAACUCAGUUAAAAAUAAAGAGAUUCAUUUAAUCAAACAUAUGAAGAAUAAUGCAAACACUUGCAUUAAUCCAGUGAAAUUUUUUGAAAAUACUUUUAGCCAGCAUCAAUAUAAAAAUAGCUAUAAAUAAAAAAACUAAUACUGCACUCAGUGCUUGUUAUUCCAUCCAUUUAUUCACAUUAAUGGAUAACUAAUAAUGAUGAUAAUUAUAGUUAUAUUUAUUAAUUAUAAUAUAAAGUUUAAAAUAUAUAAGUGUACAAAAAAAAA